AACGUCGCGUUUUCAGGCUCUGCUUCAGCGGUGAGCGCAGAUUACCACCGGCUGGCCCCAUAUAGAUGCUGGUGGGCUCCCGUUCUGCUAAUGCUAAUAUUUAUAAUCAGGUCAGCGGGCUACCUAGCAUGCUAAGCUAGCAUCCCGGGCAGUGGGCAUGUCUCUGUGUAGCCGAGCGUAGCAUAGCAUGCUGGAUGUGGUGUCUGCACUUGCCGCAUGCAUGUCUGAUUUCCCACUUACUUGUGUGUCAUACUUCUAGAGGCUACCGUUAAUGUGGUGUUAAGUUAUGAAUAACAUAAUUAGCGCUGCCGUCACGUAAACGGGCAUCUAACCCGCAUGCAGAUAUACUAGAGGAGAGGGCGGUGGGGGGGUCCCCCAUGUGUUGGCUUUGUGUUUCUGGAUGGAGCUCAACACAUUUCUGCAACGUGAGAUGCGAUAUUUUGUCUAUAAUUGGAAACAGCGUCCCGUGUAGACGACAGCGAAGUGGUACUAGCUGUGCUUUGAGGUGUAAACACAAGCAACAGGCGGAAGGGGUACAUGCUGAUCUCUCUCUAAAGCCAGUCCUCCUGUCACUUUCCCAGACGGAAUUAAAGCAGGGACCGGGCCGCUUUAAUUUGGACGCCACCUCCCCCUCGGCGGAGGAAAAAAGGCGCACUUCCAUUGAAGAGGAAAUCAUCCGGGGAGGAGAAACACUGCUCAACGGUUAUGAAGUUUUAAGAGUGGAGGCCACUUGUGUGUCGUGAGCUUGGUCAGUAUUGGAGCAUGAGGAAACCUGUGCCACAGAAAGCUAUAGAGUGGAAAGAUGGCAGAAGGAUCAAGCAAGCCCGGAGUGGACGGCCCUCCCGGGUGCUCUCACAGUACCAAGGGCUUUUCAGUUGGGAGAAAUACCUGAAAGAGACGGGUGCCGUUGCAGCGCCCUCUGCUUGUUUCAGACAGAGCCUCACGCCCCCACUUAACGAGUUCAAGGCGGGCAUGAAGCUGGAGGCGCUGGACCCGCGAAACACCACGUCCACCUGCAUCGCCACCGUGGUGGGCCUGACGGGCUCGCGGCUGCGGCUGCGCUUGGACGGGUCGGACAACAAGAACGACUUCUGGCGCCUCGUGGACUCCUCAGAGAUCCAGCCAAUAGGCAACUGUGAGAAGAACGGAGGCAUGCUGCAGCCCCCGCUUGGUUUCCGUCUCAAUGCGUCCUCUUGGCCCAUGUUCCUUCUGAAAACGCUAAAUGGAGCUGAGAUGGCGCCCUCUCGCAUCUUUCACAAGCAGGAGCCUCCCGCCCCGGAGCAGAACUCCUUCCAGUUAGGCAUGAAACUGGAGGCGGUGGACCGCAAAAAUCCCCACUUCAUCUGUCCGGCCACAGUGGGUGCACUGCGUGGCGUCGAGGUGCUGGUCACCUUUGAUGGUUGGCGGGGAGCCUUUGACUACUACUGCCGCUAUGACUCGCGUGACAUCUUCCCUGUUGACUGGUGCACCCUCACUGGAGACAACCUUCAGCCGCCCGGCACCAAAGUAGUGCUGCCUAAGAGCCUUGGGCCGUUGACAGACGGGAGUGUGGAGAGCCCAGCCAUGCACCCCACGCCCACCGUGGGCAGACCUCCAGGUCAGAGAGGACGGAAGCCAGGCCGCAGGAAAACCAAGGUGACGGGGCUCUGGACUCAGAAGGGCUCAGCGUUGGGACCACAGAGCAUCCAGCCGGGCAAAGGCCUGGAGCCCAUCAAGAUCCCCAAGAAACGAGGGCCCAAGCCUGGCAGCAAGCAGUUGGGCUGGGCGAAGCGAGCUGGCUGGCUGGAAGACGCCAUGGCGGGUCCAGGGCGGCCAGUGACGGGUCCGGGGCGAACCAGGGGCAGACUGCCUGCCAACUGGGCACAGAGCAUAGCUGUGCAGCAAGCCCAGACUCCGGCAGAACCUAUCAAGAUCCCAAAGAAAAGAGGGCCCAAGCCUGGUAGCAAGAGAAAACCUCGCGUGGUACCUAAUCCAGUCCCCACGUCUCCUACCAGCAGCACCCCAGAGCCCGACACCAGCACCGUGCCUAUGGACAACGCCACCAUCCCCAAUUCUGCACUACAGGCCCCCACAGUUUGUGUGUAUCUAAAUAAGUACGGCAAGGUGGGACCUCAUUUGGACCAGCGGCGUGUCCAGAAGCUCCCAGACCACUUUGGGCCUGGCCGGGCCUCCUCGGUGCUUCAGCAGUGUGUUCAGGCUUGUGUGGACUCUGCCCACAACCAGGCCACCGUCUUCUCCUGCCUCAAGUCUGGGCAAGGAGGCGAAGUCAUAUCAGCCUUCUUUGACAAGCAGCAGCACACCCUGACCCUGCCCACAGUCAGCAGUGUCACCUACGUCCUCCGCUUCCUGGAAAAACUCUGCCACAACCUUCACUGCGAUCCUCUUUUUGGCAGCCAGCCUAUAGCCAGAGGAGGCCUGCACUACGACACUCACACAUACACUACAGAGAGAAGAGGUUUUGGUGACAGCUUAACGACGGGCUCGGGCCUCGGCACCAAGCGGUUCCUCCAAGAUUACAAAAGUGCACUUCCUCAGAAACUGUCCAAAAUCCCCCGGCACUCCACUGAUGCUGAGUUCCUCGUGGAGAACAGUGUUGUCGCAUCAGAGCACUUAAAGAAGAGCCCUCUCUCUCCAAAAUCUACGGUACAAUCUCCCGGCCUGAGGUCUCCCUCCAAGCUGCUGCAUCAUAACAACUCCACAGCCGCUGAUGACGUUUCCAGUUACCUUCGUGAGCGUGCACAUGCAGUGCAGGAUUGUGGAGGGAAACACAGACUCGAUGGACAACAAGAGCCAGCACAACCUGACAAACAAGUAGCUAUAUGGAAGGAGGAAGUGGGAGAGAGUGGGAGAACACAGUGUCGAUGUGAGGAAUGACCUAUUAAUCAUUCAUUAUCUCCCAGCACUGUUAAUGAGGUGACAACUCUUAAAUAAUUAGCAAUGUGACUGAAGCAUAUUUCCAUAGCAGUAGCCCGAGGACAUGGAGGGCAUUGGGGACGAAUGGGGAAGGGAAUAUGGGAUGCACCAGGCAUAAAAACGAACAGCCCCCACAGCAGCUUAGCAAACAAUAACUUUCCUGAUAGGGGGCUCUGGGAGGCAUGGACAGAGAGAUAGAGAUAGACAGAAGAGAAGAGAGAUAAUGAAGCUAAAUGCAAUAUUGAGACAAGAAUGAGCCAUGGAGGAAAUAAGACAUUGAAAUAGUUAUUUCUAUAUGUAGUGGGCGUUUAAGUUGUUCACCCAGCAGCCUUCAUUAUCCGUCUGUCUCAUUUCAAGAGGGGCAGGCCAAGGCCUUCAGGCUUUUCUAACACACAAGUCAACGGGAUCUGUGGCCGGCUAGCACCCCAGCCUGCCAUGGGCCUAUUCAUCUUGCACAAAACACACAAAAGAGCAGACCAUGAGCCACAUUCUUGACAUCCAACCUCAUCACCCCCACUACCCUCCCACCCCCGGCCCUGACUAGCGCCCCUCCCCCAGUGCCUCACACCAGGCAGGGCAGACAGGAGCUGCUAUGCUACACUACCUAACUGGCUGGCUGGCUUGUUGGAGUUGUUUGGUGGAGGAAGGGAUGCAUGGAGGGAAGGGUGGGUGUGGAAGAGAGGGGGCAGGGAUGUUUUCUCUUCAGUCAGCUAAUUGACUCACAGAUGUCGGGAGGAGUUGGGUUUGUGGCGGGGCUAAAGCACCCGGUGACACUUUUCCCCUCCACAAACAAACAUGACACCCAUGCACGCGCACACGCAGGAAAAUAUUGUGCACACGCCAGCACACAUGCAUGCACAUGUACCUGUGGCCUUACCGUCUGUUCUCUCGCUCUCUUUCUCCAGUAAACAGAUAUGUCUCUGUGUUGGGCAGGGGGAUUGGGGGGGGGGAGGGCUUUUUUCACUCCUCCAAAAUAAAUCUGACGGUGUAAAUAUGACAGUGAGCUGUAAGGUAGUCCUGACUGGUGCUCAGCUCCACAAAAACACCAGGAACUAACAGCCUUUUGUGGACACUAACAAUCUGGCAUGGUCAGGGCAUAAUUUCAUUUUUCUGUUUACCAUCUGGGGAGCCUCUCUGGCUGUCAAGCUAAAGCAGGUCUCAUCUACUGAUACAUCGGUGCAAUAACAGUUGAGGCAGUUCAAAGGCUGUACUACCUAUGAUAUGACCUAUUUCCACGCCAUGUUUUCAUGUCAUGCCAUGUUUGCACGCUGCAGUUUCAUCUCCUACAUGUAUGCAACUGCAGAAUUCAAAUAUCUUCUCUGAACACCCAAACCACUGACAGCUGUGUGCGCGUGUGUGUGUGUGCAUCUGUCAUCAUGUUCAUGUGUUUGUGUGUUCCAACUAGACUGCUAAACAGCUGAGCCCAAAUUGAAAGUCAGUGCUGUCAUUCCCUAUAUUUACCAAAUGACUCACUCACAGCAGAAAUCGGUUUGGACACUGUUAGUAUACAAGCACUUGGUUACCACAUCGUUGACAGCAGCAAAAUAAUUAGGAGGGAAAGUGUGGGUUAAUGAAGAAACUAUUGCAGUAUUACAGUGGUGGAGCGCUCAUACGCUAAAAACAGAGUAGAAUAGGCUGCCUUUAGUCUCGGGGUGGGGGGGUGAUAAAAGUACAGCCAACCUCUAAAAGGCACAAUGUUGCAUCUUUUAGAGUGUAUUCGAUAACAUUUGAGAGAUCUGUACAUUUUCAGAGAUAUUCAUCCUCCAGAGGGACAUUCAGGAAAGCAAUCAUGCUGUACUACCAAGAAAACACAAAUCAUGCAUUAUUAAGUUCCCCCAAAAGCUCGGUGCCUGGGUGAAGUUCCCCCUGUGGCCUUUGUCCAGUGGUCUUCCCAUCAUGAGGUCUGUUUGUGGUGGAGCCAUAUCCCGCUCCUACCCAGGCGCUGACAGCCAGACGUCCGCUCCAGGAAACAGCUAGUUCUCCUUCCUGACCGGGGAGCCCUGUCAGUGUUACACCACCAUCGCUUCUCAAUGUUGAGCAAUGUCCUGGUGAGCACAUGUCUUCGCGGGUUAACACAUAUGCUGUACAUACACAUGCACAGGCUUCAGCACAGACACAGACACACAAACAUAAACACACACACGCAGGCCAAUCCACGGCCCGCUAAAGCUGUCUAUAUUCUGCCUGUCUUCUUCCUGUUUUUCCACUCACCCACACUGUUGUCACUUUGGCCAGGAAGCUGUGGGAGAGAUACGCAUGACAAAGUCUCUCUUUAUUAAAUUGGCAGAGUGUCUGUAGUGCUUUUGGAGUCCCUCUAUGUGUGUUCGUCUGUUUGAGAGAGAGAGAGAGAGAG